UGCCUAUCGAAUGUCCAAUGAGAUCAGGCAUCACGUCCUGUCAAAUGGAACUCGAACGAGACCACAUCACACUCCAAUUUGACAGCAAAUCUGGCUCGUCACAACCCAUGGAAAGGGAUGAUUCGUCACGAUAGGUCUAAAUUCACUGUUGUCGACUCUCUGUUCACGCUUCACUCCAACAACUUCGACUAGUUCACUGCACGGUUUUAUACCGUUCAUAGCCAUCCAUGUAGUCCCUAUAUUAAUUUGCUUUGAUUAUUAUGUAUUUACCUGUCGUUUCUUACUCGUUCACGUACCUGCGAUGGAUCCGUGAAGGGUCCCACUUCUUUCGGUCGAAUUUGUCCAAAUACAGGUAGGGUACAUGAUCAGGUAUAUUCAAACGCGAGUAAGACCGCGGUGGCCAACUUGCUUCUUUUUGCGUCGAACCUGCCCUUCGGGCGCCAAUGCCACUCUUUUAUUGGUGUAUCCUCUAUUUCCUACACAUUUCUCCUUCCUCUCCCCUCCCAGUUUGUUUUCCCCCCUUAACAACCCUCCCCGGUCUUUCAUCCCGGAGUUCCAUCCUACCGCCUCCCCCCAGAUCGCAGUGAGCCUGCAGUGGCCAUGGCCGAUCACCGCACCAAGACGGAGAUCUCCUUCGCCGGAAGGUUCGCCAGCAGCGCCAUCGCCGCCUGCUUCGCUGAGCUGUGCACGAUCCCUCUUGACACUGCAAAAGUGAGGCUUCAGCUGCAGAAGAAAGCAGCUACAGAUGCCAUGGCCAUGCCAAAGUACAGAGGAAUGCUAGGAACUGUUGCAACCAUCGCAAGGGAGGAAGGAAUGACAGCACUUUGGAAAGGCAUCGUGCCUGGUUUGCAUCGCCAAUGUCUUUUUGGAGGUUUGCGGAUUGGGUUGUAUGAGCCGGUAAAGUCCUUCUAUGUUGGUGAAAAUUUUGUGGGAGAUAUUCCUUUGUCCAAGAAAAUUCUCGCUGGUCUUACAACUGGUGCCUUGGCGAUUACUGUGGCAAAUCCAACUGAUCUAGUGAAAGUACGACUUCAAGCGGAAGGGAAGCUUCCACCUGGUGUACCAAGACGGUAUUCAGGAGCAUUGAAUGCUUACUCCACAGUAGUCAGACAGGAAGGACUUGGGGCUCUCUGGACUGGUAUUGGUCCUAAUGUUGCACGUAAUGCAAUUAUAAAUGCUGCUGAGUUGGCUAGUUACGAUCAAGUCAAACAGACAAUUCUGAAAAUCCCUGGAUUCACAGAUAAUGUUUUUACUCAUCUUUUGUCUGGUCUGGGUGCUGGUUUUUUUGCUGUUUGUAUUGGUUCUCCUGUUGAUGUGGUGAAGUCAAGAAUGAUGGGAGAUUCAGCCUACAAAAGCACACUUGAUUGUUUUGUGAAGACAAUGAAAAAUGAAGGGCCUUUAGCUUUUUACAAAGGUUUCCUUCCAAAUUUUGGUCGGCUCGGAUCAUGGAAUGUGAUCAUGUUCUUGACAUUGGAGCAGAAAUGAUUUUCUUUGAAGUGUCGAGUGCUGGGCAUGAAGGUCAAAAAGUUAUUUGCAAGAGAAGUGCCAGUUUAAAUUUUUUGCCUACUCUCCUAUUUCUGGUGAGUAAAAUAAGGCUUUUUCUUGAGGCAACUUUGUAAAUUAAUGGGGGUAUUGAAGAAACUUCAUGGUCUUCCUAGAUGCUCCAUCAGUAUGCAAAAUGACCCUUGAAUUAAUACAUCUUCCUACGGGGAACAAUAAUUUCAGCAACUUUAGCUGCUUAUUUAUUUAUUUCUAAUGAAACCAGUUCCUGUGCCACAUCA